UUCGUCAAUUUCCAGAGGUUUCCUUUCGGAAUGGAGCUCUUUUUUAAGUCUGCGUUCUCAGUUUUGGACCCAUGCCUUUUGGACGACACGACCCUGGCUCUGCCUGCAGAACCAAACCUGGGACUGUCGCCCCGCCUCCACGAGCCGGACCGCAGUCAUCGAGUACAACAGCAGGUCCAACUGAGCCUGAGGAGGAGGGCGAGGAGGACUCACGUGUCAGUUCCCUCUAACGUGAAGAGCUUCCACGAGUCAGAAAACCUGGGCUCAAAGGUUUUACCGCCGCUCCAGCGCUCAUUAUCAGGGCCAGCGACGCUCCGUCGUCCGUCCAGAAGGAUCGAGGUUUCUCCUCCUCCAAGUCCAGAACCGACCCGCUUUCACUUCAGCACCUUCACCCUGACAGGUCCAGCAUCACCCAGUGCCGCUCUGUCCCACCACUCCCCAGCCUCCCUGUGGCGCUACGCUUUUUCUGAGGGACCACAGAACACCAGGCUGCACACCUCCUCCUCUGCCUCCAGGGGACUGCGGCCAAGGGCCGUUAGAGUGAGCCAGGACCGAUUUAUGUCCCACCCCUCUGUGGUCCACAACGGGUUCCAGACGUACCCCCCAGUGGUCCAGGAUCAGCCCCCAUUUCACCCCGCGGUGGACCAGGACAAAUUACAAUCUUACCUCCCGCUGGUCCGGACCCGGCUCCAGGGGACGACCAACAGACAGAGAAGCGUGUUUUCUCACCAGCGUGAUCAUGUUUCACCCCAGGUGAAUUGGGAGGAGCCUCGACUCAACAUCAUCAAGUCCGAAUCCUCCUCAGCGAAGGGUUCCCGGCUCCAGCACCAAACGCUUCAGAACCGGAACAUCUCCAGUGGUACUUCAGGGCGAUCAACCAUGACAGUUGAACGAGCUGUGAAGAUGCUGGACGGUGACGACUCAGACUCCUUGGUCUCUGCAGCAACACACAUCCAGAAGGCCUGUUUGCAUAGUGACCGCGCCAAACAGACGGUCUCCUACCGAGGCGGCAUCAGGAAGCUCCUGCUCCUGCUCUCCAGCGACAGCGAGGAGGUGCAGCGAGCGUCUGCGGCCGCAUUGCGUAAUGUGGUUUAUCAGAACAACGAUAACAAAAUGGAAGUCAAGGACAGCGAAGGCCUGGCGACAAUUGUGAGAGUUCUGAAGGAGAGCAGGGACCAAGAAGUCCGACGACACCUCAGUGGCCUCCUCUGGAAUCUCUCCUCUCAUGACCUUCUAAAGGAGGCCUUGUCUCGGCUGCUCCUCCCUGUACUCACUAAGAUGGUUCUGGUACCGUGUUCUGGAGUCUCAGAAGGCGAAAACCCUAAAGACGAACUUCUGGCUGAUGACCAGGUGUUCCAUGGCGCCACCUUCUGCCUCAGGAAUCUGAGCGGUUGCGGACCAGAUGGACGGCGUCGUAUGCGAGAGUGUGAGAAUCUGGUGGACUCACUGGUUUACUAUGUCAGGAAGACUGUCGCUGACUACAACACUGAGGACCAGGCCACAGAGAACUGCGUCUCUGUUCUUCACAACUUGUCCUACCAAAUGGAGGCAGAGCUCCCUCGAAGGUAUGCUGCACAGUUCCAAGUGACAGAACCGAAAGUGACCCACACAAAGCCGGUUGGAUGUUUUUCACAUCGCGGCCACAAGGAGGAGAAGUUGCCUUCGGAGCAACAGCGCUCCCUGUUGGAGGAGAAGGCAAACCCUCGUGGUGUGGAGUGGCUGUGGAGUGCCAUCACCAUUCGCAUGUACCUGUCCAUCAUGGCACGCAGCUUCCGUCCUAGCACACAAGAGGGAGCUGUGGGGGCACUGCAGAACCUCACUGCAGGAACUGGACCGAUGACCAAAGCCAUUGCCACAGCCAUUGUGCGGCGGGAAAAUGGCCUCCAGCAUGUGAAGAAGAUGCUUGCGGGCAGCGAAGACAUCUUGAGGAAGACGACCAUUUCCCUGAUUAAAAAUCUCUCCCGCUACCGCGAACUGCACACCGACAUUGUGAAACAUUUGUUAGCUGAGCUGAUCGAGAUGCUUCCUGGUGAAGAUGCCGGGAGCGAGCCCUCGUCGGAAGUGACGUCGGCCUUGUGUAGCAUUCUUGUCAGCCUGAGUCACGACAUGCAGCACUCCAGAUCCAUUGUCAGCCAGGGGGCGCUGCCCAAGAUCAGCCACAUCAGCUACUUUGAGAGCAGUUCUGGACCGAGUCGGGCAGCGCAGUCCGCAAGUCUUCUGUUGCACUCUUUGUGGAAACACACCGACCUACAUGGAUUGUACAAGAAGAUCGGCUUCAGGAAGUCUGACUUCAUCAAUGCCAGAACCACGAAGGCCAUUCAGUCCAGCUAAGACCAAGGGUCUGGAACAAGACUGUCACACAUCCUUCUGGUCCACCUGGUUUUAGUGCCUCCCUCAAACACAUGUUCAUACACACACACACACCCUCUGUCUCUCCUUCUCUCUGUUUCUUACUCUCAACACAGCAGUCACUUCUUGGCCCUCAUCACACGAAAGGAUGUUUGUAAUAAACGUUAUUAUU